GCGUCUCUGUCUUCUCGUUCCCGCUAACGGCUGCUGAUCAUGCAAGUAGUAGCUCUUCCUUAGCUUCUGGUUAGGCUUGAAGCCAUGCGGAAGCUGGCGAGUGGCCGCCAGCGUGAAUGGCUCCCGAGUAGAUUUGAUUGAUCUUCGUUUGAGAGCGUAGGGGGGUCUGAGACUCGACUUCUCCGUUGGGAAUCUGCAUCGGGAUUAGGGUUUCGCGGUUGGGCCUGCGUGUUGGCAGAUCCACUUGACCUGCCUCUUAUAAGAAACCCCAGCGACCUCCUUUCUCUGAAAUGCAGCCAUGGCUUCUCCAGCUGCCCCCAGCCCGCCGGCGGAUGCUCGCUUUAGGCGCAGCGUUGCUGGUGGGCGGGGGUGGCGCAGCAGCAGUCGCGUAUUACAGAACCGCCGCCGUUGCAGCAGCCGUUCGGCGCAGGGAAGCAAGAGCGGCGCUGGCGCAUAGUGGCGCGUCAGGGGGACAAGCGGAGGGGGAAGCAGCGGCGGCGCUGAUUGACGGGGCGGAUGGCGGAAAGGCGGGGGAUGAGGAUAGCAGGCGGAAGAAGGCUGUUCGGAAGGGCAAGGGCGGGGAGAGUGGCGGAGCGGAGAAGGGGCGUAGGCGGAAGAAGGGGGGAGGGAUGGCUUCGGUUGGCACGAUAUGCAGCUUCCUGGCUGCGAGGAUGGGAGAGAAGGGAUGGCAGCGCCUUGCUGCCUUAGCCGCCAUAGCUGUGGUGCGCACAGUGUUGAGCAACCGUCUGGCGCGGGUGCAGGGGCUGCUGUUCCGGUCGACGUUCCUGCGCAACGUGCCGGCGUUCACGCGGCUGAUCACGGAGAACCUGCUGCUGUGCCUGGCACACUCGCUCAUCUUCUCCUCCUCCAAGUUCCUCACCGGCAGCCUCUCGCUGCAGUGGCGCGCGCUGCUCACUGCCGCCAUUCACAAGCUCUACUUCAAGGGCAUGGUGUACUACCGCAUGUCGCACGUGGAUAAGCGCGUGGAGAGUGCGGAGCAGCGCAUCGUGAGCGACGUGCCGCACAUCUGCAACGAGCUGGCGGACCUGCUGCACGACCUGCUCGUCGCCGCCACCGACGCCACCUUCUACACCUACUCCCUCACCACCUACACGCACCCCAAAUACGCCGGGGGCAUCCUGGCCUAUGUGCUGUGUGCGGGGGCGCUGACGAGCGCCCUAGCCCCGCCCUUCGGCAAGCUGUUGGGCAAGGAGCAGCAGCAGGAGGGGGAGUACCGGCAGCUGCACGCGCGCGUGCGCACGCACAGCGAGAGCAUCGCGUUCUACGGCGGGCACGGCAGGGAGGGCGCGCUCAUCUCGCAGGCCUUCUCCGCGCUCGUGAAGCACAGCGCGGGCGUGCUGCGCACGCAGUGGUGGUUUGGCAUCGUGCAGGACUUCCUGCUCAAGUACUGCGGCGCCACGUGGGCCGUCGUGCUCAUCAUCGGGCCGUUCUUCGGUGCGAGCCUGCAGACGGAGGGGUCGCGGGAUGCGCGUGCGGAGAUGCUGUCGCGUAUGCGGUACCACACGUCCGUGGUGAUCGCGCUGUUCCAGGCCAUGGGCACCAUUGCCGGCAGCUCCAGGCGCAUCAUCCGCCUCAGUGGGUAUGCGGACCGCAUCUGCGAGCUCAUGCAGGUGGCGCGGGACCUGAGCCAGCAGGACGUGCACAUGCACACGCAGCCCAGCGUCGCUGGGGAGGACACUCGCCUCAUAGCAGCCGCGCAGCAGGACGCGCAGGGCGCGGGCGAGGGGGAUGGCGGUGGGAAGUUUUCGGAGGCCAAGUACAUUCAGUUCGACAGUGUGACGGUGGUGACACCGUCGGGCGCCAAGCUCGUCGAUGGGCUCACACUACGAGUCAACCCGGGGGAGAACCUCCUCAUCACAGGCCCCAACGGCAGUGGCAAGAGCAGUUUGUUCCGCGUGCUGGGCGGGCUGUGGCCGCUGGUGGAGGGGCGCAUCAGCAAGCCGGGGCGGGCGGCGGACCUGAGUCACGACAUCUUCUACGUGCCGCAGCGGCCGUACAUGGCGAUCGGCACGCUGCAGGACCAGCUCGUGUACCCCCUCACGGCCAACGACCUGCCAGAGCCGCUGGAGGAGGAGCGCCUGCGCGACAUGCUGCGAGUGGUAGACUUGGAGGACCUGGUGGAGCGGUACGGCAUGGAGCGCGAGGUGAACUGGGGCGAGGAGCUGUCGUUGGGGCAGCAGCAGCGCUUUGGCAUGGCGCGCCUCUUCUACCACGCGCCCGCCUUCGCCAUCCUGGACGAGUGCACCAGCGCCGUCACCACCGACAUGGAGGAGAGGUUCUGUCGGCUGGUGGAGCGCAUGGGCACGACGUGUGUGACGAUCUCGCACCGGCCCGCGCUCGUGGCCUUCCAUGAGACCGUGCUCGCACUCGACGGCGAGGGCGGCUGGACCCUGCACUACAAGACGAGCCGGUCGUCACCUGGGUCGCCCUCAUCCAUCCCUCAGCAGCUGUCGGGUGGCGAGGGCUCCCCCGAGGAGCAUGCAGUGGUGGUGGCGGGAGGCGCAAGCGUGCGAGGGGGGGAGCUGACGGAGCGGAAGGCAGACGCGCAAGUCAACGUCACGCGCUUCCUGCACGCCACGGAUGAGCACAUGGGGGGCAAGGCGGCACAGCAAGCGGAGGAGGAGACGGUGGAGGGCGAGGUGCUGGCGGUGUCGCCGCCCAUAGAGGGCCCGCUGCCCAUCGUGCCGCACAUCAGGCCCAAGAAACGAGGCUUCUCCGCACGCCUCAACGCCAUGAUCCGCAUCCUCUUCCCCAAGCUGGGGUGUGUGCAGACAGCGCAGCUGGGCAUGCUGGCGUUCCUCGUGGUGGCGCGCACAGGCCUCUCCGACAGGAUCGCGUCGCUCAACGGCACGAGUGUGCGCAACGUGCUGCAGCAGGACAAGGUGGCGUUCAUGCGCCUCAUCGCCGUCUCCAUCCUACAGAGCUUCGCCUCUGCUGUCAUCGCCCCCUCGCUACGGCAUCUGCAGUCAUCGCUGGCGCUGGGGUGGAGGCGCCACCUCACAGCACACCUCACCCGCCUCUAUUUCAGACAUAACGCCUUCUACAAGGUGGUGGCGUUGGGAACAGAGGGUCUAACGGACGCGGACCAGCGGCUGUGCGACGACGUGAGCCGGCUGUGUUCGGACGUGUCGGGGCUGGUGUCGAGCCUAGUGAAGCCCAUCGUGGACAUCCUCUGGUUCACGUGGCGCAUGCGCUGCCUCACGGGGCAGCGUGGCGUGGGCAUCCUGUACGCGUACAUGCUGCUGGGGCUCGGCUUCCUGCGCGCCAUCACCCCGGACUUCUCAUCGCUCACCGCCGAGCAGCACCGCCUCGAAGGGGCCUUCCGCUUCAUGCAUUCUCGUUUGCGCACCCAUGCUGAGUCGGUGGCCUUCUUCGGGGGCGGCGAUCGUGAGCAUGCGGUGGUGGCAGACCGCUUUGCGCGGGUGAUGGAGCACCGGCGGGGCGUGUUGUCGCGGCGGUGGUUCUUUGGCAUUGCGGACGAGUUCAUCACCAAGCAGCUGCCGCACAACGUCACGUGGGGGCUCUCCAUGCUCUACGCCAUGGACUACCAGCUCGCUGACACCUCCCACAGCCAAGGGGUGUUGGCGCACGACUUGCGGUUCCUGGCGUCGGUGGUGUCGCACUCAUUCCUGGCGUUCGGUGACAUCCUGGAGUGCUACCGCAAGGUGCAGGAGCUGGCUGGCACCAUCGGCCGCGUCAUGGGGCUCGACGAGGCGCUGCUCGCCGCACAGCACGACCUGGCGCCCCACAUGCUGCAGCGCCCGGGUUCCUUCACAGGGCUGAUGGCCCUGGCGUCGCAGGGCCCUGACGCCCCCGCGGCGCACGAGGUGGCGUUUGUGGGCGUGGACGUGAUCACGCCCGCGCAGAAGCUGCUCGCCCACAAGCUCUCCGUCGCCGUGCUCCCUGGCCACUCACUGCUCGUCACAGGCCCCAACGGCAGUGGCAAGAGCAGUCUGUUCCGCGUGCUGGGCGGGCUGUGGCCACUGGUGGAGGGCACCAUACUGAAGCCGGGGCUGCCGCCCAUGACGGCGGGCAGCAUGCUGCUGGCGGAGGGCGCCACCGGCAUUGCCACGGGCGGCAUGUUCUACGUGCCGCAGCGCCCGUACGCCGCACUGGGGUCCCUGCGCGACCAGAUCAUCUACCCGCUGUCCCGCGUGGACGCUGCCCAGAAGGUCGUCGGCUUCAGGGCGCCCGCUGGCCUCGCUGCCGCUGGGAAAGGCGACACCCCGGCAGCGGGGUGGACGGCGGAGGUGGAGGCGUCGGCGUUCGUGGCGCUGGACGAGCAGCUGGCGUGCAUCAUGGAGGACGUGCGCCUGCUCUACCUCGUGGGCCGCGGGGGCGGUUGGGACGCCACCGCCACCUGGGAGGACACCCUCUCCCUCGGCGAGCAGCAGCGCCUCGGCAUGGCGCGGCUGUUCUUCCACCGGCCCAAGUUCGGCAUCUUGGACGAGUGCACCAAUGCGACAAGUGUGGAUGUGGAGGAGGCGCUGUACGCGCGGGCCAAGGCGCUGGGCAUCACCGUCAUCACCAUCUCGCAGCGGCCGGCGCUGGUGCGGUUUCACGCGCAGGAGCUGCGGCUGAUAGACGGCGAGGGCACGUGGGAGCUGCGCUCCAUCCGCAUGGCCAACCGCGCUGACUCCCCGCGCGCCGACGGCGCUGUGCGGUCCAAGGUGGUGAUCGAGGAGCUCGCUGUCAAUGGGGGGACGGAGACCAGCAAGGGCUCCUCUUAUGCUACUGUGGCGCCUGCUGGGGCUGAAGAGGCUUGAGAAAGGGGGUUGGCUUGGUACUCGUGGUAGCACAGGUCCUCUGGUUGUACUCACGUGUGGUGGGUCAAGUAGGGUAGCUGCUUCUGUAUGUGCUGGAGCUCAGUGUCACAAGCUUAGUGUAUAUUGGGUGCAUACCAAGUAGAGAAGUGAACAAAUGAGUAGAAUAAUGACAUACAAGGGAAUAUAACCUAGUGCGUUGUACUCCUUAAGGCACAACCCUGUAUAGGCUAUAGCAACAUACA